AUGGCCAUUCAAGCUAAGAUGUCUACGCCUAGGAGCAACAAAGGCUACAACAAUGCCAGAGGUGCUUUAACUGCAAGAAAGCGUCCGGCUGGCGGCAAUAAUGAGACUAGCAAAAAGUCAUUUGUAGACCAGAAGCUGGCCAAGAAGCAGCGCAAGAUGCAACGUCCGCAUUAUGAGAUGGUCACGCGUGCCAAGCAGAUCUGGAACGUCAUCCGCGAACGUGAUGUAGAUAAGGACAAGCGUGCUACACUUGUUAAUGAGCUAUUUACUUUGGUCAAGGGUAAAAUUUACGAUGUGGCUGCCAAGCACGAUGCUUCACGCGUUAUCCAAUCGCUCAUGCAGCACGGCAAGCCUGCACACCGUUCGCAGAUUGUGCUUGAGAUGAAGGAACAUCUAAUUGAAGUGGCUAAAAUGCAAUACGGGUGUUUUCUUGUACAGAAAAUGAUCCGUUAUGGUAGCAUAGCCGAUCGUGCCACCAUUGUCAAAUGUCUUAUUGGCCACGUCGUGCAAGUUGGCACACACAACAUCGCUGCCAAUGUGCUUGAAUAUGCGCAGGAGUAUUUAAACCCAUCUCAGCUUACAACACUGAAGCUUGAGUUUUACGGACGUGAAUUUGCUUAUUUUCAGACGGAAAGUAAGCGCAACUUGACAGACAUUAUAGCUGCACACCCAGACAAGAAGGCUGACGUGCUCAAGCAUCUUGGUGCUAUCUUAAACCGGAUGGUGGACAAGCAGCUUCUCGGUCUAGCUUUUGUGCAGUCACUGCUGUGGGAAUAUAUGUGCAAUGCAGAGCAUAACGAUGUCAUGCAGAUGGUGGCUAAUGUGCGUGAUGCCUCGCUGGCGCUUCUCGCCACACGAAAUGGAGCUCGUGUAGUGAACAAAUGCGUAUCGCUCGGUGCAGCUAAAGAUCGGAAGCGCAUCAUUAAGUCUUUAAAAGACAAGGUGCUUGAGGCCUGCAAUCACCCAAGUGGCUAUCUCGUUAUUAUGCGUAUCUUGGACGUUGUAGAUGAUUCCAUCCUUGUUCAAAAGUCUAUUCUGGCAGAAAUAAAUGACGAGCUCUUGUCAAUUGCGCUGCAUCCAAGCGGACGCAAGAUUUUGCUUCAGCUGCUCAGUCCAUUAAACAAUAAGUAUCUUUCGGCAGAUGACUUUAAGCUGCUGGAACCGCCUAUGCUUCCAUCGCCUGAAGACCCAACCGUGAACGUGGUCAACUACAAGAAAGAUCCAGAUGCUCGGCGCGAGGAGUUGCUGCUCGGUCUGCUGCCCAAGUUGGUAGACAUGUGCGCUAAAAAUGUGGAGGUUUUGAUGCGAUCGAAGGAGGGCCGGGAUGUGAUUGUUGAGGUAGCCAAGCGAUGCGACAGUUUGGAGCUGUUGGAUAGCAUUUCCUCUACUGUAAUGACACAACGCACUGACGAAGAAAAAGAUCUUCUUUACAACGAUGCCAUUGGACACUACGCAUUGCGCCGUCUUAUUAAGGAAACGGCACUCGCAGAACCUCUGCUUGUAGCUGUUGAAAAGCAGCUAUCGCAAUGGGCAAUCAGCAACCGUGGCUCUUUUGUGGUCCUUGCAUUUCUGGAGGCUGAAAAUUCCCCACAGAAUACAAUGGAAGUGGUAAAGAGAGCCCUCAAGCCUGUGAUGAAAGAUUUAAGGAAAUUAGUCGACACGCAGAAAGGCACAAUGUUACUUCUUGAGAAACUUCAAUAG